AUGCCGUCCAUAGCUCGCUCGGUCUUCCUGGCUGUACAAGUCGCUGCUAUCGCUACCCUGGUUGGUAUGCCAAUGGCGGUAACACCUGCUCUGGGGUCUCCGCUACCCGUAGCUCUACCUGUCUGGAGGACCUAUGUCGAUCUGUCCCGUCGGUCGGACCUUGGGCCGGGCAUCGCAGUGAAAGAUCCUCAAGGUUCCAGUAGUUCUCUAUCCAUGGGCAAGCAUACUGUAGCCGAACACAACGCUAUGCCUGUCCCUACUCAAAAACGUGACGCGGAUGCGGACUUUUCGAACAACAUGAACCGCUUGCAGUCUCACUACCAGAAGCUCAACGACGACUCGAACACCAUGAACACCUUGUUGGACUUAUCGUCAUCCCAGCGUGGCCCGGAUUUCAAUCAGCAAUACUAUGAUGCCUUCUCGGAUUUACAAGCACAAUUAGGGGGCUUCCAGGAUGCAAUGGCUAAGAUCGCAGCGGACAAAGGACUGGCCAAUUACGACCCAAAUAACGUUGUGGAGACUACGCUGAAGAAUACCAUCAACAUGGUCAAGUACAGUCUGAGGACAACGGUUGAGAUAAUCAAAACAUUGCCUGUUCUUGGUCCGAGGUUGGCCCCAAUUGUUAUUCAACUCAAAUGUAUCACAGACGAGCUCUUGGACGCUAUCGAAAACCUCACGGACGGCAUCACCAACAACGUAAUGCCUCUUCUCCAGGACUUCGGCAUUCAGGAAUGCGAUGAUGGCAUUGAGAUUUUUGGCCGCUUCUGCGAAGGACAAUCUCGCUGGGUCUUGUCACGGUUUGAUGUCCCAUCCACAAACUAUGUAUCACAGGCUGGAUCCUGA